UAGAAUUUAUUUAUAGUAAGAGAAUCAAAUCAAGUAGUACGGAAAUAUUAAUUUCUUUCAAGCUUCAAUUUUACUGGAUCUUUGCAAUGUUUAUGGAAUAUCUAUAAUUGUAAGUUAAUUGUAGCUUCUUGAAUAUUUUUUCACACGCAAAAUGCAAAAACAUUUAAAAGCGGGUGAUCUUAAAUCUGAAAUUUGUCAAAUUUGGUACGUAUGGUAAAGAUUUGGUGGAAAGGGAAGAAUUUCCUGGAAGCGUGCCUUCACGGUGGUUGGACACGGCACUUCGCAAUUCUCUUUUCGUCCCGCUCGCCAUCACCCACGCCACAGUCAUCUUCUCCCCUCGAGUUUGUGCAUCAGCACGCUUUGCACAAAACUUCUUCGUGUAGUUAGCCCGUAUCUGUUCGUAACGAGCGCACCGACGCUCUAGCUUUUCGAAACAACGCCAAAACACGCGACGUGUUAUUUUUAUAUUUGUGAACAAACAGUGCUGUUUAAUCUCUUGCUCAAGAUAGUACAAACAGUUUUACGGAAACCAUCGAAAUUCCAAGAGGAAGAGAACGUUCCUAUUCCCAGAAAUAAGUCGAGACUUUUGGCGAGUUAAACGGAGUCCAAAAGAAGAUGUGGGACUGGUAUUUAAGGUCGUAGACCAAGAUCCAAAUGCGCUAUGGUUAAACUACCGUGGGGUGGAAACCUCUUUAUAACUGGCUGGUUCCUGACACUGUUCUGUAUCAGUGUCAGUGCUCAGUUAGGUUCAGAGUACGGAUGUCCUACUCAGGAGAGGAUUCUACCUUGCAGAUGUUCUACUCGUGACAUGGAGAUUCAAAUAUGGUGCAGCCAUAGUGAGCUACCAAAAGUUCUCGAGGGUCUAAAGGCAGUGAGUCAUUAUUUAGAUCGACCGGUAGACGAAUUGAUCCUGGAGAACAACAAUCUGCCUAGUCUACCAGGCAAAGUUUUUGCUACUCUACGUGUUCUUCGUUUAAUGCUUCGAAAUAAUCGCCUUGAAAGAGUGUCGUCAGGGUGGCUAGAGGGACUUCACGACUCUCUCUUAGAACUAUUCGUCGUGGAGCCAGACUUGCGUUCCUUGCCAGUAGAUAGCUUGGAAAAUCUGCAGGGUCUCGAGGCAGUAACCUUGCAGAGUAAAGCGAUGAAAAAGCUGCCUAAAUUCUCUGGACUGCCAAAGCUCAGAUAUCUCCAGAUCAACUCUCCGGCUUUAUUAGAAUUGGCUCCAAGAAAUUUUCGAGACUUGACCAAUUUGGAACAGUUCCAUGUUUUUGGUAGUCCACGUCUGAUACGUUUGGAAGCUGGCCUGUUCCGCAGCCUAUCACGUCUCGAAUUGAUAAACAUCACGGACUGUGGAGUUCAUUGGGUUCAUCCUCGAGCAUUGAUAGAUUUACCAGAAUUGAAAGAGGUCUCGUUGGUUGGAAACUCGAUCGUGGACGCUAGCAUGAUCGGCCGUGCCUGUAUGGAUCUACCUUCGCUUUCGGUGAUACGACUGGACAGAAAUCGCAUAAAUCGUCUUGGCGAAGGAGCCUUCACAGACUUAUCUGUUCUCUCUCGCUUGUACUUAUCAAGGAAUUAUAUUACCGAGGUGUUCGCUGGAGCAUUUCAAAGAAUGCCAGCAUUGAAGACCGUAGAUCUCAAUCACAAUGUAAUACAUCGAAUACAUCCCGAGUUCUUCCCGCGCAGGCCCGGAAACAUCUUGGAGGAGAUGUGGAUGAUCAACAACGAUCUAAGUCACGUGACUGAACUGAGAUCGAUAAUGGAGGCUUUGCCUAGAUUGAAGUUUCUCGAUGUUAGUCACAAUCAAAUCGAGGAGAUACCAUUUGGGGCACUGAGGGGGCAUCUCACACUGGAAAGACUUCACCUUGAUCACAAUAGAGUGGCCUUUCUGCAGAGAGAAACCUUCACCGCGAUGCCCGCUCUUAGGGAACUUAGAUUGAAAAAUAAUUCUUUGUCAAACUUAUUGGAAGCGCCGUUCUGGAACUUGCCAUCAUUGAAAGGUCUAGAUCUUUCAGAAAACUACUUUCGUCAUAUAGAGCCUCGUUUAUUAGCAAAUUUGCCAAGUUUGAGACGUUUGGAUAUGAGCGGAAACGCUGUAGGCCUUAUAGAGCCUGACUCGUUCAUGGGUACACCGGCUUUAGAGCACAUCAACAUUUCUGGAAAUGCGCUCUCGGUUCUUCAUCCUCUCACGUUUCAUCAUUUAGCUAAUCUUUACGAACUGGACAUCGGUUGGAAUCGAAUGCUCGAGAUAGUUCCGGGUUUACCGAGAAACAUAGAACACCUUCACAUGCCUAUGAAUCGGAUCAUCGUUCUACCAGCUGUGUCUUCUCAAGACCUCGAUCUGCCAGUUCUCAGGUCCUUGGAUCUCAGCGCAAACGGGAUCGAAAGAAUACCACCAGGAACUUUGACCGACCUGCCGAACUUGAGAAAGUUAAAUUUCGGUUAUAAUUCUCUUCGAAUCUUAGAAGACGGUGCAUUCGAAGGGUUGUCGAGAUUGGAGCAAUUGGACUUAAAAUAUAAUCGAUUAGUCACCCUACAUGGACGAAGUUUUAGACCAUUGAGAUCGCUGAUGGAUUUAAACCUACGGGGCAGUCGUUUGGAAGUUCUAAGGCCAGAUAUCUUCCAGGAAAAUAUUCGAUUACAGAGAUUGGAUCUCAGCAGGAACAACCUUGCGCAAAUACCUCAUGCAACUUUUUCAAGUACCAGAGACCUUCGUGAACUAUACGCGUCGCACAAUACUUUGACCGAGUUACCCGGAUCGUUACACGGCUUAACAGCUCUUCAGGUACUCGACUUGAGCUUCAACAAGCUGAACAUCCUGUCGCCGGAAACAUUGAGCAGUCUAUCGGCCUUACUCGAGCUCAAACUUGUCAGGAAUCGUAUCCGCGAGUUGCGUGAAGGCGCCUUCGAUGGUUUGCCACGGUUAACGUUAAUCGAUCUGGAAAAUAAUGAUCUGAGAAUUAUCGAGCGAAACGCUAUCAGAGCUCUGCCCGAGUUGCAGGCGAUACGACUUGGGAAAAAUCGAUUACAGAUAAUUCCAAGCGGAGCUUUCACCGAGUUACCACUGCUGCAAAGCGCGGAACUUCAGGAGAAUCGGAUCCAGGAAAUUGCAAGUAACGCGUUCAUUAACGUGCCUCACCUUCUCUUCCUUAAUCUAAGCAACAAUCAUUUACCUUCGUUGGACUACGUUGGUUUAGAGAGCUUGCGUUCCCUGGAAGUUUUAGAUUUGAGCAAUAAUCGAUUGUCUAGGGUAUCGAGCAACAGUUUAGCAUCGAUGGAGUGGUUGGUCGAGCUGAAAAUGGACAACAAUCGUAUUUGUACCAUCCAAGGUUCGCCUUUCGAUGAAAUGCCGAGACUUCGAGUUCUCAGUUUAAGAAGCAAUCGAAUGGCUUCCGUUUCGGAAGCAGCGUUCAAAAGAUUGCGAUCAAACAUUGCUGUCUUAGAUAUCGAUGGAAAUCCACUCUCGUGUUCCUGUGGAAUGUUAUGGUUAAGGGGAUGGCUGCAGCAAGCUUCCUCCGAAGGUCCAAGAUGCGCGGACGGAUCUUUAUUCAAGGAAAUUAGAUUAUCACGUCAGGAUUGUCAGCGCGAAAGACAGAUUGAUCCGAUCCACCCCGGCUGCGAGGCGGAAAUGAUCGACGUUGCACCGUAUCCUGUCUCCUCUUCUAUAUUUGGAGCAACGGAGAUGGUACCACUUCGUAUGAAUCUAAAAGACUCGUCAACACAAAAUCCUCCCAAUACUCAGGAUACUGAUUACUUCUACGACUAUCCGGAUUACCAAGAUAGCAAAAGUAAUACGACAAAUGUAACUUUCACGUCGACUCAGUUUCUGACUACAAUAGCACCAGAAGCUGUGAAAGCCACUCAGACAACGGAGAUGAUUCAACCUUCGACGAACAAUACGAUUCCCAUAAAGAAGGGUACUUCGAUGCCUCCCUCUCCCAGUAGCUCUGGUUUUACCUUUUUCGGGGUUCCUUUGCCUAGUCUCAGUUUCAAUCUUUGGGGUAAUUCGAGGAAAAAAUUCGAAAGAAAGAAUUCUUCGGAAAGACCUGGAAGAGGUCGUUACAGGAUGUUCCCGCCUACAGAACCGGAAAUCCACAGAGGUGGUUUCGUACCGUUACCACGUGGACAAGGUGGAUUUGUACCUAUCGUUGAUCCCAGGCUAAUUUAUGAAAAACAGAUUAAAAAUGAAACUUCAAGGGUUCAAAACUCAAACGUUACUCAAGAAGAGCGAAAACGAUGGAAAAGUGGAAAUGGGACGGUGGUGAAAGUCGAAAGGGCUUAUCCAAGAACGAGCAAGCCUAAAGCAGGGUCCAAAGAAAGGGAAGAGUUGUCCACGGUGUCAGCUAAUGAACAAGAUUCUCGUUGGCAAGUAACUGACACGAAAAAAAUCAGUGCCGUUACAAAUUCAACGAACACGUCUGAUUUGAGCCCCGCGGCAGACGAGUCAUUGCAAGAAACAAAUGAAACUUCUACAUCUACCGAAAUUUAUAGUGGAGAAACUCUAGAGAUGAUUAAAAAGCCAAGUAAAAACGAAGAAAAGCCACAAAUAGAAGUCGCGAGUAGAAUUGUCUGGACUACUCCGAGAGCUGCCUUGGAAACGACAAAGGAAAUAUCAACAGAGAUAUUACAAGGAGAAAAAGAUUCCUACUGGGAUACUGAAGUAAACGGAUUUCAAAAAACGUCCAGUCCUGUAACAAACGUUCCAAACGAACCGAGUGAUGACUCGAGUACUAUCGCAACAGAACGAUCAAGUUCCCGUUCAACCUUUUUGGAAAAUCGGAAAAAUUUUUCUUCCACGUCUCAAGUUUCUCGAGAAACAGAGGCAUCGGCUCUUUCAGCGUUCCUGAUUCCAGGAGGUCAAGUACCUUCGUUGGUUCCAAAUCUGCGUCCAUUAGGCAGGCCAACUAUAACAAAAGUUCCAUCACCGCGUAUUGGCCUUUCUGGUGAACCAGAGAAACAAAAAUCCGUGGCAGAAGCUGUUCAACGAAAUUUGGAGAAUGCCGAGGAGAAAUUGUUUGGCAUAGAUGGAUCUUCCAAUGAAAAUGCUGAGAUUCUUGAAGACAAUUCCUUUAAUUGGUACUUUCAACAUUAUAACGACACUAAUUUAGAACCUUUCGUUAGUGUAGUAUACAGUGGAGGUGAAAAGACUAGUGUGACUCGAUCGACUUUAUUGGGUCAAAUAUAUCUCUCUCUUAUUUUGUACAUUUUCAUAUAAAAACAUGGAAGAUUAAAUAUAGAUAUCUCCAGCACAAUUAAUUUAUUAAAUAAUUAAUAUUUGAAGUGCUCUUAAUUACGUGUAAAAUAUCGGUCGACCUGAACGGUGAAAACAAGAUAAAAAGAAUGCAAGUGUUACGGGACAAUGUUAAAGUGUUUUAAUUAUGAAAAACAGAUAACAUGUCCAUAAAAGGUUGUUUCAAGGUUCACAAUUUUGUGCUUCAUGCCUAUGGUCAGAUAUGAAAUUUUAUAAUAUAAAGAAAUGCACAAUUGAUUUAUUGUGCAUAUCGUGAUGGCGUUCACAGAGUUUUUGUGUAGUAAUGAAACACAAAUAAAAUUAUAAAUCCGAA